CCAAAUUCCGAGUCGGCCUCGUGGCGCAGAGUAGGGGGGCGGCUGUGUAUUCACGAGCAGAUGCGGGGUGGAAGUUCGACCAUACCAGCCUGAUUUGAAGCAUACCAUCUGGCAUCAGCAUCCACCCUCAUGGCGUUUUUCUUUUCCGGUUGGACGCUUUUGCGCAACUGAGCAAGAAGCAGCGCUAUUGCCUCCGACCCAGGAUACGGUUCUCUAUACUUGUCUGUCAAUUGACGCUACGACAACAGAGUCCACGGGACCACGGCAGCAUCCACACGAGUUCUCGCACGAUCCAUUUGGACCAGGCUGGGAAAGGAGUCUUUCAGGGCCAGAGUCCAUGCUGGCCGAAGCACGUCGACAACACCGGCAACCAUGGUCAAGCGAGCGCAGACGGAGGAUUCAAACGACUCGGAGGAAGAAUGGCACCAAAGGCUGACCAAGCGACCUCGGAAGGAGGAGGAGGAUGAGCUUUCUACGGACGAACACAGUAGCGACGACAGUGACAGCAGUGGCAGCAGUGAUGACAGCAGCGACAGCAGCGACAGAAGUACGGAGCCCGACUCGAAGCGACCAAGGGUGCAGCGGACUCUCCACUGUGAGGACUACACAGUUGGCUGGGUAUGCGCGCUUCCCAAGGAGAUGACGGCUGCGAGGUUGAUGCUGGACGACCUUCACGAGUCCCUAGCCAAAAUACCAGGCGACGAGAACACCUACACUUUCGGAAACAUCAGGGACCACAACAUCGUUAUCGCUUGUCUUCCUUCCGGUCAAUAUGGAAUUACCUCCGCGGCAAUAGUGGCAGAAAACAUGCGCAGGAGCUUUCCCUCAAUCAAGGUCCGGUUAAUGGUAGGCAUAGGGGGCGGCGCUCCGGACAAGCACGACGUACGUCUCGGGGACGUCGUGGUCAGUCACCCGACAGCCACUUCUUCGGGGGUGGUGCCGUAUAACUUUGGCAAGACCGUGCAAGCUGGGCGGUUUGAGCAAACAGGGUUUCUGAACAAGCCUCCACGGGAGCUCCUUGCCGUUGUCGCUAAGCUGCGAUCUCACGACAGCUCACUUCCGGAUCGUAUCUCUGCAUCCCUUGGUCAACUCCAAGAACGCGAUCCUUCAUCGGGUCCCUUCACAAAACCACCAGACGAUCCAGACCGGCUUUUUGAUGCUGCAUACGACCACAUCAAGGGGGAAGAUACUUGCGCUAAAUGCGACGUUUACAAGCUGUUGGAACGUCCGAGGAGGCCUACCGAUCACCCCAAGAUUCACUAUGGCGUUAUUGCUUCUGCAGACCAAGUUAUGAAGCACGGUAUUACCAGACGGCAGCUGGCGGAUGAUCACGACCCUCUUUGUUUCGAGAUGGAAGCAGCUGGUCUGAUGGACAGCUUUCCUUGCUUGGUCAUUCGCGGAAUCUGUGAUUACUCUGAUUCCCACAAGGCCAAGAAAUGGCAGGAGUAUGCUGCUGCGACAGCGGCGGCGUAUGCAAGAGAGCUUAUUUGUGUCAUCCCUACGCACGUAACUCAUAACAGUUUGGUGCAUGCCAACUUGUCCCCUGCCGACAAAUCAGCACGACGUAAAGAUCUAUGGGAGUCACUCAAAUUCGACCAGAUCGACAGCCGACAAUCGAACAUCAAGUCCGCGCUUGGGAAGACAUGCCGCUGGUUGACCAGUCAUCGGAGCUACAAAGACUGGUUGGAUCCCGCGAAGCUACCUGAGCACCACGGUUUCCUCUGGAUCAGUGGGAAACCCGGAGCGGGAAAAUCAACCAUUAUGAAAUUCGUCAUGAGCCGCACGAAAAGAGGAAAAGUCAAAAAGUCACCAGCGAAUGCGGCCGUCAUACACUUCUUCUUCAACGCAAGAGGCGAGGAGUUGGAGAAAACGACAUUGGGAAUGUAUCGCUCCCUUCUCCACCAGCUGUUGGAGAACUUGCCGGAUUUGCUACAAGUACUUGACACGGCAGACUUCGGACUUUUGAAAGAGGGUAGUUUAUUCCCUUGGGAGUUGCCAUUGCUGCAGAAGCUUUUCAAAAAGGCCAUCCGGAAACUUGGGCAGCGCCAGGUCAGUUGCUUCAUUGACGCACUCGACGAGUGUGCCGAAGAAGAGGUCAGGGAGAUGGUCAAGUUCUUUGAAGGACUUGGUCGACUUGCCAUCAAAAGAGGAACCACACUCUAUACCUGCUUUUCAAGCCGCCAUUACCCGCACAUCUCUAUCCGAAAUGGUCUACGGCUUACACUAGAAGAACAGAACGGUCACGAAAAAGACCUGGAGGAAUACGUUCGAGAGAAGCUGGAAACCAAGAACAAGAAGCAAACCGAUGAUCUCACAACCCAAAUACUUCGCAAAUCCUCUGGCGUUUUCAUGUGGGUAGUCUUGGUUGUCGACAUCCUCAACAAGGAGAUUCGACGAGGGCGGAUGUUUGCAGUCAAAAGAAGGCUUGACGCGUUGCCCGCAGGACUAAGUGACCUUUUCGAAGACAUCCUGACGAGAGACAACGACAACAUGGAAGACCUGCUUCUAUCGAUUCAAUGGAUCCUCUUCGGCAAACGACCUUUGAGCCGAGAGGAGUAUUACUUUGCUCUUCUAUCGGGCUUGAGCGCAUCUGAAGCUCUGCAAAGUUUUGACAAGGUCCCGGCGGAAUCGAUGGAGCUUUUCGUUGUCAGUUCUUCCAAAGGACUCGCAGAAACCAUCUCGACAAAAUCACACCUGCGAACAGUCCAAUUCAUCCACGAAUCUGUGAGAGACUUCCUUCUCAAAGACGGUGGGCUGCGCAAGUUCUGGCCAGACUUGGGAGAGGAUUUCGAGAAUCGAAGCCACGACCAGCUGAAAACUUGCUGUCUUGUGUAUAUCAACAAAGUCGACAUCUCAGCUCGACUUUCCAAAGACGAUUACCUGUUGAACACGCCCAAGGAUGAUUCCAAGCGGAUCAAGAAAAUUGUUACGGACGAUUUCGAGUUCCUGGAUUACGCGACGAACAUGAUUCUGCCACAUGCUGACGCGGCGGCGGAAACAGUCCCUCAAGACGCCUUUUUUAUGGGCUUCCCGCUUGAUCAAUGGAUCAAGCUCAAUAACAUACUGGAAGUCCACAAGAUCCGGCGGCACAACCCCAAUUCCGCUAGUCUAACAUACAUGGUCGCAGUGAAAGGCUUAUCAAUGCUUAUUGAGACGGCUUUGCGUCUUGACCUCGACAUAGAGACCCAUGGGGGACGCUACAAAUAUCCGCUCCUCGCCGCUAUGAGGGAAGGCCAUGAGAGGACAGCCGAAAUCAUUCUGCAGCAUUUCGUAGUCAAAGCGGGACAAAGUAAUCAUGUUCCUGGGUCAAACUGGAGCACCGAAGUUCCCGCAAGUAUCAACUGUCACGAUACAGAAGGUCGGACGCCAUUGUUCUUUGCAGCACAAAGAGGUCAGAUCAAAUUCGCGAGACUACUGCUUGAAUUGGGCGCGACGGCUUUUCCGCAGACGAAACCUUGGUGUACGCCACUCUUGGCGGCAGUUGAGGAGAAUCAAGAAGACGUUGUAAAGCUCAUUCUACACUGGCAAUUUGAGGUUGGGCGUCCUGGAUCUAUCUCGUCUUCAACUCUUUUCGACGCCCCAUAUCCAUAUGACUCCGACAGCAACAGACAGCUACUCGGCGCAGACUCUUCGAAACUGGGACUCAUCAGGGACAAUAUGAAUACUUCGGAAGCAACCAGUGAACCAGUCCAAAGAGUUGUUCAACACGCAUUAAAUGUUGCGGCCAGUACCGGCCAUACAGGCAUUGCAAGGCUUCUACUUGCUUAUGGCGCGGACCCCCAAGGAACCGACUACAACAUGGAAACGCCACUGAAAAGUGCUAUCGAGGCGGGAAUGGAAGCUGUUGUGGAGCUGUUGCUUGAUGCUGGGGCCACACUCAGUCCGACGGAAGUCGAGGAAGGAACGCCACUCCACUGGGCCUGCCGAUAUGACGAUCCAACCACCUUACAGUGUUUAAUCAGGAGAGAGUUUGAUAUUGAUGCGGCCGAUCAUAGAGGCAAUACUCCGCUGCACGAAGCUUCUUCUUGGUAUGCUCCGAGGGCGGCACAAGUGUUGGUUGAUGCAGGGGCCUCCGUUCAAGCUACCAACAACCAGAACGAAACACCCCUUCACCUUGCAUGCCAAAUAGGGUAUUCAACAAUUGCAAGCAUCCUGAUAAAAGCUGGGGCAGAUGUUCAAGCAACUGAUGAUAAGGGCGAAAGUCCACUUCACCCUGCAUGCCGACAAAAGGAUUCGAUAAUUGCAAGCAGCUUAAUCAAGGCCGGGGCAGACGUUAAGGCAAUUGAUAAUGAGGGCAAAACGCCACUUCACCUUGCAUGCCGGGGAGGGCACACAGAGACAGUGGGGAAUCUGAUCAGACAAGGCGCCAAUGUUCAUCAUCGCGACAAAGAUGGCAGGACUCCAAUGUUUGAUGCUGCUGCGUGCAUUUAUUUAAAUGACUUGGGUACUUUUGAGAUUUUACUCAACCACGGCGCUGACAUUAACGAAAGAGACAAAAACAGGCAGUCGCCUCUUUUCAGCGCUGCAGAAUCUGGCCCAGCAGAAGGUCUUUCAUUUCUGCUAAGCAACAAUGCCGAUGUGGGUGUUGUGGACAAUUCUGGCCAAACCGCAUUGUUUGCGCUCGGGCUGAUUGGACGAGAAUCGAAAGCAAGGAUACUGGUCAAGGCAGGCCUAAACCCCAAGUAUAGGGACAAUUUGGGGCAAACAGCACUUCAUGCAGCAUGCUUUAACCGGCAUCCGUAUCUUGGAUACCUGAAAUUUCUUCAUGAGGAGAUACAGGACGACUUCGGGGUUGACGUACGAGACAACGCAGGCCGGACACCACUGCAUAACGCCGCGAAGUCAUGCAACGUCGAUAUCAUUAAGUUUCUUCUCCAAAAGGGGGCCAGCCCUGACGCGACCGAUGCGGAAGGGCACACUGCCAUUUACAAAGCCUUAAUGUCCGACCGGCACUCUUAUAACGACCAUGCACGCUUGUCAGCAGUCCACUGCCUGCUUGACGGCGGAGCUGAUGCCAGGAAGCCAUGUCCAGGAGGUGAAAGUCUAGUGGAUCUGGCUGCUAGACUGGACAGACUCGAUGUGCUCAAGUUUCUCAGGUCUCGAUUGAAAAAUUAAAAAAGAAGAUAUGGCGUCCUUGAAGUUGUGUCUCUUUAGGAAGGGCAUCAGCCCAGUUGGUGUUUGGCAAGCUCCUGUCAAUGACAGACGUUUGGCGUUUUGGCGUUGACUGUUUUUAUGCUAUUAUGACUAC